CGGGCGCGGUCAACCAGAGAGUCACUUGACCCGGUGUCCUGCCAAGUCUGCAGCUUCGUCCAGCCCUGCCCUUAGGGAAUGGAGAAGAGGGUGUGAGAGGAUUUUCUGAGGCUCUAUCAAAGAGUUUGUAUUUUUUUCAGGGAGAUGCUCUCAGAUCCUGGGGUGUGCCCUUCUCUGGCAAAGGACGGAGCCCCUAGUUGUGCCUUCAGGUCAUUCUGCCGCAGGAUUCCGGUAUUGGCCUACUUAGCCGGAGUAGGCCUGCUGAUAGCCUUUCUUAGCACGCUCAGCUGCUUUGUAAGGGCUCCAGGUUUGAGCAUGAGCAUGGCAGAAGGGGACACCCUGAUAUCAGUGGAUUAUGAAGUUUUUGGGAAGGUGCAAGGGGUGUUCUUCCGCAAGUACACUCAGGCUGAGGGUAAGAAGCUUGGAUUAGUAGGCUGGGUCCAGAACACGGACCAGGGCACAGUGCAAGGACAAUUGCAAGGUCCAACCUCCAAAGUACGUCAUAUGCAGGAAUGGCUUGAGACAAAAGGAAGUCCCAAAUCGCACAUUGACAGAGCAAGCUUCAACAAUGAGAAAGUCAUCUUAAAGUUGGAUUACUCAGAUUUUCAAAUUGUGAAAUAAUGGUCUCAAUUUAAAAUUUCCAAGAUACCCAGUGGUUUUGUUUUUUAUUGUUAAUAGAGAUAGAGCUAUUCUGUGUUCAAUAUUAGAAUUUGUCAAUAAGUUAUUUUAGUAUCAGAUAUUUGAUAGUUACUGUAUAUUAUAUGUAUGAUGGAGGGAUUACAGCUGUACACAGUUCUAAUCAAUAAAAACACAGUACCUUCUGUGUAGGAUACUUA